GAAAUAGAGCAAGAGUACUUCAAGAUUUGGAGAAAUGGGAAUCAUAAUGGCCGGAAGCGAAGAACCGUUCAGAAUGAAACCGCGGCUUUGAUGAAGGAACCAAAAGUGUAUGAUGAGAGUGUAUUUGAAGGUUUGGAUCAAAUGAGCAAGUUCGAUAUGGCCGCCACGAUGGACAGUCUCACACGGAGAAACACCUUUAACGGGAAAUCAUACAAGGAAGAUCCCGUAAUAUUCGCAUGGGGGUUGGCAAACGAACCACAAAUAGUUUGGGAGAUAAUGGGAGAAAGAGAUCGUCAGGACAUGGAUCGAAGAAAGUGCAAGGGUAAUCAAGGAUCUGGAUGCAAAUCACUUGGUGAUGACAGGAGCCGAAGGGAAGAAUAUUUGGGAGGGAGGCAAGGAUAUUGUAGAGUUCAGGAAUGGUAUUGGAGUACUACGAGAACUCCCGAAAAACUAACGCAGAAUGACAACUGA